UUUCUCCUCGUGUCGUUUCCCUCCAAUAGGAUUUCAUUGAGCAGACCGUAGCCUAUAAAGAACGAAUUUACUAAUACCUUUAUAAUAUUGUAAACAUUAUUGUGAAACAAUUACGAGUAUACCAUUUACUUUUAUGUUAUGCACAUUCGUGCGAAAAUUUAAUUUUAGAAAGUAAGAUUUAUGUUUUAUUAAAAGAAAUUACAUUUUCCUAUAUUUAACGUAUCAUAAUGAAAUAUUUGAUUUUCAUGAUCAUAAAUUUACAAGUCACAUAAGUGUUGAAUUACGCGUUUAUUGAUCGCUGUCAGUGACAAUAAUGUAAGAAACUUGUGAAUGCUUCGUUGCCAAAUGUUACUGAACUACCCCAAACACUAUGUAUUUUCCUAUAUUAGAGUACGCUGUUGUGAUUUGUCAAAGAAGCGAUAACCUAACAGCUAUAUUGAAUAUUAGAAAAAAUUUCGCAUAAAAUUUCUCACAUGAAAUUGUAAGAACUAAUCGUUAUACGACAAAAAAUUAAUCGUGCUUAUUAGAAUUUUAUAUUUUUAUAUGGUGAAAAUGGCCCAUGCUCCAUUACCGAAACCUAUUUGUAAACCGAUAGAUACGUCUAAGAUGUGUCCAUCUGAUUUCACUACUACUUUAUCUGAUGUGUUACAAUCGGACCCAGUAAAAAGGUUGUUUAAUCAACCAAAUAUCAUUAUUAAAACAAUACCUUUAAAAAUAAAUACAAAUUCUGGGUCAAACAAUAAUGAUUUUAUGAACAAAAUACAAAAUACGGAUACAAAUAUAAAUAAACCAAAGCAAUCAGAAUUAUCUGUAAUUCCUCUACAGAUGAAUCAAGAAGAAAAUGUAGAAGAUAAAAAUUUAUUGCCUGCUAAGAAACAAGGUAAAUCAGAAAUCACGUUAGUUCCUGUUAAAAGAGAAAAGAAACCUUGUGGUCAUUAUGAACCUUGUGAAAAUAUUAUAUGUGAUGUGGCAGUACAACAAUAUGUAGAUCGUGAAGGAUCUUCACCCAUGUUAGCUAUUAAUAUAGAGGAAAGUGAAAUAAAUGCACCUGUUUCAAAACAUUGUGCGAGUAAAAUGUGUGAUGCACUAAGUAUCGAUCAUGAUCGUUGUCGCAGAGCUGUGAUAAGAUUGAAUAGGUGUAAUCAGUCAACAGCUUGUGAUAUUUGUGGUAUUACACUAAAAACACAAAGAUCUCGUAUAUAUCAUAAGAAUUGUACAAGAAGAAAUGAAUAUAGACAUAAUGAAACAAGUAGUGCUAAAAUAUUAAAAGAAAGAAUGAGACAACGAGAAAUUCAAUUAAUAGAAGCUUCUAAAAUGAAAAAAAAUGAUUAUACAGAUCCAGUUAUGGGAUAUAGUCUUGCAAUGGAAACGUUGAGAAACAAUAAAGAAUUGAUUAUUAUUCCAAAAUCAGUUCCCAUAAAACAGCAACAACAACAGCCACAACCAACACCAUCAACACCAACAAUUACUAUAAAUACAACACAAUCUUCUUUACAAAUCAAUAAUGUAAAUAACGUUUUUGGAAAAUUUUUACCUAGUAUGCCAAUUGUAUUACCACAACAAAGUAUAGUUCUUGGCAAAGCAGAAUCUUCUAAUGAAAAUAAUAUAACUACUCCCAUACAAAUAGCUUUACCAGAUACUUUAACUACAUCGCUUAUAACAACAACUAGUACAGUUCCUUUAUCUCAAAAUCAUUAUGUUACAUUUACAACACAAACUAAUACACAUUCAAUACCAAUAAGUGAUAUAAUCUUGCCACAGUCGCAAAUUGUGACAACACCCAUUCAACCUAAACCACUGUUAACACCUAUACGUGUUGUGCCUAUAACUAAUUUAAUAACACAACCAUCUUUAUUACACCAAACACAGGGUAUACCAAAGUUUUGUAUUAUGCCAGACAAUACAAUACCAUCAUUAACUAUAACAAGUCCACAAUCUAUUCAAUGUCCAGCACCUGUGCCAAAGGUUGAGUCUCCAAAUGAUGUGAAAACAACUUCUCAGAAAAAAAAAAAAACAAUGAUGAAAAAAAAACGAAAACUUAGAAAGAAAGAUUUUAAAUGUGAUUAUUGUCUUAAAAAUUUCAGUACAGAUUGGUAUUUUAAAAUGCAUGUUGCUAUGCAUACAGGUGAAAAACGGUUUAUCUGUAAAAUAUGUACACAAUCAUUUAAUAAUCGAUAUGAUAUGAAAAGACAUAUGUCGAAUGAUCAUAACAGUGAAAUUGUUGCUUCUGAUACAUGUACUCAGGAAACUAUUGAAGAUUCACAACCAAAAAUGAACAAUGUAGAUUCACAUCAAGAAGUAAAAAAAGAGGAUAAAACAAAUGGAUAUAUUAGCAUGCCUACUCAAGAUAUUAUCAAAAAUAUGAAAACAGAAUUGUGUCAUGAAGUAUAAAUCAUUCCAAUUUAAAUAAUUCACUGAAAAAUAAUUGAUAAAACAAAUAAUAUUUAAAAUUGAAAAUAUGUCUGUUAUAAAUCUUCUAAUCUGAAGUUCACUUGUAAAAAUAUGUGUAAAAUGUGCUUAAACACUACAUUUAAUCAAAUAUUGAAUUUUGGUAGCAAAUUUUACAUUUAAUUACAAAAGUUCGAGUAUAUUGAUAUUUUUCAAUUAAUAAAUUAUAUCUUAUCCUUUAUUUUAAUUUCAAUAAAAUUAAAAUAAUUUCAAUAAAAUUUCAAUAAAAUUAAGAUAAUUAUUGUAAUAUUAUAAAUCCUAUGGUAUAAUAUGAAUGAUAAAUUUUUUUACUAUAUUUACUUUAUUUAGAAAAUAUAUAAUAAAAAUAUUUUUAUCAACAUUAUAAAAAUAUGUAUUAUAAAACUGAAAAAAGUUUAUUUUUUAAAUACAAGAAUACAAAAAUUGAUAAACAUAAAAAAUUUAGAUAUAAUUGUAUAUUAUUAAAUUCUAAACUGUGAUAUAUGGCCAUCUUUCCGCUAUAACUUUUUUCACGUAAUGUAAAAGUUUGUCGUUUUUAACAUAAAUUUAAGCACAUUAAGAAACUUUUAUAUACUAAAAUGAAAUCACAAUUAUGCAUGUGGACGAAAAUAUGAUUACACAUAUCUUAAAAUGCACAAAAAAAGAGAAAUCGUAUGGUUUAUAUUUUAGAAUCAGAAAAUUUGUUAUUAAAUUUAAGAAUAUUUUAUACGGAAAAGAAGUUAAAUGCCAUUAUUCUGAUGUAUAAAUACAUAUAAGUUAUAUUGUGUUCCUUUUAUUUUUAAUUUAGUAGUUGUUUACUUAAAAAGUAUUCAUUUAUAUAGGCUAAAAUUAAUGUAUAUUAGAUAUAUUUAUACACAUUUUAUUAUUGAAUUAUCUUUUUUCAAAAAAAAAUCUAUAAUAUAUUUUCUUCAAAAAAUUCAUUUUUAGAAAUAAUAUUAAAUGCAUAAGUACUUUUUUGUUUGAUGAAUUUAAUAUGUAGAAUAAGAUGAUAAAAAGCUUUGCAAAACUAAUUUGAGCUUUGAAAUUUAUUUUAAUAUAUUUCUGAAUGUUAAUAAAAAUGUAGAUUAAAAAUUUUACAAAAAUAUAAAGUUCCUUAAUAAGGAAAAUGAAUAUAAUGUGCCUUCAAAAUUUUAAUGUUCCUUAUAUAAAUAAAUAUAUAAAUAUAAUUAAUUCAUAAAAAUAAAUGAUGAUUAUGGAUAAUAUUGAUUUAAAUAAUUUGUUUUAUUGUUUCAUUAUAAACUGACAAUAAAAAAUAUUAAUAAUUUUAGUGCAAUCAUAUAAUGAAUAAAAUACUUUUGUUUGAAAAUAAGAUAAAUGAAAAUUAUCUGUGCAUUUAAUAUUACUAAUUUUCAGUGCACAAAAGAUAUGAUAAAAAAUAGAAAGAAAUUUUGAAAAUAUCAUUUGUGUUAUGAAAAUAUAUUUGUAAUAGAGAAUAUUGAAAAACUUAUUUUUAAAAUAAAAAUUACUAAAAUACUAUGUUAAAUAUAUCUUGAAAAAUAUAUCAUAAAAAACUAUUUGUUGUAUUGUAUUUACAUAAAAGGUUUUAAAAAUAAAUCAUUAUUUAAUAUCAAAAUUAUUUAUUCAAAAUAGUUUUCUUUUUAAACAAAAAAUAUUAAUCAUGAAUAUAUUUUAUGAAUGUUGAAUAAAUACAAUGUUAAUUGCAUGAAAUUAAUCAAUUAUUUGUUUAGGAAUAUAAGUUACAUCUCUGUUUUAUGUUUUUGAUUUUUUUUUAUUUUGAUUCAUAUCCUAUCUAAAGCCUCUAACAUUAUUACACUAUUUCCACGGAUUACCUACAAUAGUAAAAUGUAUUUAUUAAAUCAACAGAAAUUUAAUUCUUCUUAUUAAAAAAUAAAUUUUUAUCUUA